ACUUCCCCACACUACCGUUUUCACCAACUUCUUCUUCUUCGUCAGUUUGAUAAUAUUGUGAAAUGUGAAAAAAGCGAACUCCGCCUUCGAGCAACCUCAUUCCAUUUCCUCUCUAUAGAGGAGAUCUCUACCCUGCCUAAAUCGAUAAUCUGUGAUUCUUGAAGUCGGGUUCGCUUCUUUUAUUACUCGCGACACAUAACGAAAAUCAACGUCAUGCUAUUCCCUGCUUUUUCAAUUCUUCUCAUUUCCUUUUUCUCACUUUUAUCUGUGGUAACAACAAAAACCCAAUACUGGUGUCAUGGCGACGGAGUUCUAAACAAUCAACACACAUGUCGAUUCUUCACGAUAGUAAUUGAUGCAGGAUCCACAGGAACACGAUUACAUUUAUAUAAAUUUAUUCAUGAUCCCGCAAUAGCUUCACAUGGUAUGCCUUUUAAGGUUGAAAAAGAGAUAUUUCAAGAGGUGAAACCAGGACUUUCUUCGUUUGCGAAAUCUCCGAGCUCUGCCGCUGAUUCACUGGAGCCACUUCUUCAAAGAGCUCGAAAAGAAGUUCCUCAUUUCAUGUGGGAAAAGACGCCGAUCACAUUGAAAGCCACAGCUGGGCUACGUCUUCUACCUGGAGAUAUGGCCGACGAUAUUCUUGAAAGUGUAGAAGAGCGGAUAUUUAACAGUGGAUUUUUUGCCGCUUUCCCGGAUGCCGUUAAUGUAAUGCCAGGCAGCGAUGAGGGUGUGUACAGCUGGUUCACACUUAAUAUUCUUCUCGAAACUCUUUUCACCGAUGAGCCUACCGUCGGUCAUAAGCCAGCAGCACAUCGUUCAGUAGCUGCAUUCGAUUUAGGUGGAGGAUCUACCCAGCUCACCUAUUGGCCAAAUAAUGAAGCUGUUUUUUCGGAGCAUGUUGGAUAUGAACGAGAUAUAGAUUUCUUCGGACAUCAUAUUCGACUUUUCACUCAUAGUUUUCUUGGAAAUGGAUUGAUUGCUGCACGAUUGAACAUUCUUCAAUUAGAAACUGAUAAUGAAAUCGAAUCAACUCAUCAAUUGAUCACAAGUUGUAUGCCUGAAGGAUAUCAGCUGACAGAAUGGGAGUAUGCAUUGAAGUUUUGGAAUAUCAAUGGUUCUUCAUCGCACUCCUUCGAAAGUUGCUAUGGUACCACAAAGAAUUUUGUAGAAUCCAGUGAAAUCAUGCAUUUGCGAGAAUUGAAGGGAUCUCCAGUUUAUUUAUUCUCGUACUUCUUUGAUCGUGCUUUGAACAGUGGACUUGUUAAAGGAAACGAAGGUGGAAAGAUCGAGUUGAGGCAAUUCAAAGAAGCUGCGGAAAUUGCUUGCCGAAGGGAAAAAACUGAAAUCGACGAUGGAAGUCACUGGAUGCCUUGGCAGUGUCUUGAUUUGACAUAUAUUUACUCUCUGUUGCGAGAUGGAUAUCAGUUCGAAGAUAAUCAGCCUCUCGUGUUGGCCAAGAAAAUAAAAGGAAUGGAGGUUUCAUGGGGACAAGGACUUGCAUUUGCAACUGCCAACGAGUUUCAGCUAACAGAAGGAGCAAUCAAAACUGCACUCUCAUCGGAACCAAACUCUACAGUAGUUGACCAGAUCUUUGAUUUAGUGUACUCAGGCACAAAUCAAGUACUCUCAUAUUUUAAUAUUAUUUCCGUCUAACCUCAUCGUCUAAUACCUUCAAUUCUGUGAUUAUUUUCCAUUCCUUACCGUUCUUAUUCGGGUAGACCUUUUAUGCAACCACAUCCUAAACCAUCAUCGAUUCGAAAUCAGACUACGAGUUUUCAUAUGUUCACUUUUGAACUAUUUUUAAAUUUUACCCAUGUUAUAUAAUUCAUUUAGUUUUGCGGCAUUGCCUUGUUCUCAAUAAAAUACAUUCCUUUUC